AUGGCUUCUUCAGGAUUUUCUCCAGCAGCCCUACCAGUCUUCAAUGGGGAAGGCUUUCACAUAUGGGUGGUUAAGAUGAGGACUUACCUGCAGGCUUUUGAUUUGUGGGAAGUUGUAAACACCGAUGUUGAGCCAGCACCACUUAGGGCCAAUUCCACAGUGGCUCAAAUCAGACAACAUGCUGAUGAGAGGACUAAAAGGCAUAAAGCCAUGUCCUGCAUUCAGAACUUUGUCUCAGAUGUCAUUUUCACCAGAAUUAUGGCUUGUGAGAGACCAAAGCAAGCUUGGGACAAGCUUAAAGAGGAGUUCCAAGGCACAAAGAGGGCAAGGCAGCAACAACUGUUGAAUUUGAGAAGAGAUUUUGAAAACUUGAAGAUGAGAGAAGAAGAAACAGUGAAGCGGUAUGCAGACAGGAUCAUGGCAGUGGUCAAUAGCAUAAGGCUCCUUAGUGAGCAGUUCAGUGAGGCAAGGAUAGUUGAUGCAAACCUGCCCGGGUUAAUCGAGUCGUUUCACAUACAAUCGUCGACGAGGAGUACUUGA